CGACAUUCUACAGUGUUCAACAUUUCGACAAACACACACCUCAACAACAGCAACAACAACAAUGCCAAUUCCAGAGUCGGACAUUUCGCAAGUUCAUGCGCGCGAGCAAAUCCGCCCUGCCCAAAAGCUCGGCGACACGCAGCUCCCCUCCAAUGAGGCCCUGCUCAGUGCCAUCGACACGGCCGAGCAGACCUUGGAGCAGCCCCAAGCCAAGCUGUCCAGCAAGGGACAAACCAUCGUCCAGCAUGCCAAGGAUCUGCUCGACACUACUGCGCGCGCGAUCGAGGAAAAGAACGAAGGAGAGAAGCUUCAACAUCUCGUUGCCGCUGGUCAGCAGCUCGAGACGCCUGAUGUGGCCGCCGAUGGCGGCAAGAUGGAACGCUCUGCCAAGAAAGGCAAGGCGGCAAUCAGCGCCCUCGCACGGAUGCUGGUCCGCUCGUCCGAGUUCCGCGGCUCCAUCACGUCCUUGAUGAGCAUUGCUCAAGACUGCUUCACCCUCGAGACGAGCCAGAACACUGUUUUCGCUUCCUUCCAACUGACCGAGGAGCAAAAGCAAGAGUUUGGCAACCGCUUGCAUGGCGUGCUCCAGCAACUCACCCGCAACGAAGAUUUCAAGACGGGCCUGCGCAACUUUGUGCAGCUCAUCCAAGACACUGCUGCAAACGCCAAGGAGGCCGCUCUUGACGUGAAGCGCCAGGCCGAAGAGAUUGACAAGGAGAUGGACGUCGAGUCGACUGCCAAGUCGUUUGUCGAGGAGUUUACUGGGAACAAGUCGAUUGAUCCCUUCCUCAACGCCGCGCGUCGUCUGAUUGCCAGGGUGGCCAACGACCAGAACAUCAAGAGCUGGCUGGACGAGUGGAAUGACAUGCUCGAGAAGGUGAUCGAGCGUCCCGAGGUCCUCGAGGAGGAGAACUGGAUUGACCAGGCCGGCGACCUCAUCGACCGCGGUCGCAGCCUUGCCUACAAGUACGAGUACGACCAGGACUGGAACAAGAUGUACGACGAAAUCAACGAGCUGCUGGACGCUCUCAAGAAUGACGAGGUGCUGAACGAGCUCGAGCUGCGCGGCAAGAUCCUCGCCAGCGACAUUGUCUACAUUGACAACAAGGACAACAUCCAUGUUGACUACGAGUCGCUGUCCGAGGUCCGCAAGAUUAUCAUCCCCAUCAUUCUGGACCAGCUGACGGCUGUGCCUGUGCCGCGUAUUGAGAUUUCCGAGACGGCGUACGACGCCAUGCUGGACAAUGUUGUCUUUUCGAUUCGCGACAUUGCUCCCGACCACGUCCACAUUUGUGCGAGCUCGGACACGGACAUUCGACUGGACGAUCUCGAGACGACGACCGAGUCCAAGAUUUCCCUCAAGAUGGAUGGCAUGCGCACCAGCCUCGAGAAUGUCAAGUUCUACCUCAACCACAAGACCUUCCCCAAGCUGGAGGACUGGGGCACUGUCGAUGCAGAGCUCGGCGGCGAGGGUGCCAAGCUCGAGAUUGUCCUCAACGUCGACUACAAGGAAAACCAGCCCGUCACCUUCCGCGGCAGCGACAUCAAGUUUGAUCUGUCCGAGCUGUCCCUCAAGUUCCGCGACGACGUGUCGCACCCGAUUCUCCUCAAGAUGUGGACCAUGGUCAUGCGGGAAAAGUUUACGCGCCGCACCGAGGCCCUUGUCAAGGAGCGCAUUACCGGCGUCGUCGACAACAUUACCACCCAGCUGAACGGCGUCAUGAAGGAGCUGUACCAGCGUGCUCGUGAGGCCAUCAACGAGCAGAAGGCCCAAGUCGAAAAGCAUGCGAAAGAGCUGCUCGACAAGGAUGACGGAUCGUCGUCGUCGUCCAAAUCGUCGUCCAAGUCCUCCAAGCACGGCAGACACGAGAAGUUUGACGCGAUUCCGAUCCAGUUUGGCUCGCAUCAGACCAAGGUGGGUGGCUUUGGCCAGUCCACUGAACCGCACGAGCACGAGUCUCGCCACCUGCCCUCCGACAUGCCAAGCAUGUUCUAAAUCAGUUGAAGGUCAAUAUGUACUUUGCAUGGGCCCGGGUGGUCUUGAAAAGGAACAACCCCAAAGCAGCCUCGAGAAACGAAAAGACACACGCAUACACGCAAACACACACACAAAAAAAAAACAAACAGCCAACAAAAGCUCAUCGAUUCAAAAGACCCACCUCUGCACUCAAAUGACAGCUCAUUGUGAAGAUCACGUGGUGAAUUGGAGUGUAAAUAAAUAGAUUGUACAAUGAAA